AUGAAGACACCACCAUUGCCGCCGGAGAAGCUGCAAACCCUGGGGGAGCCUCUGAAAGAGCCAAGGGAGCAGCUGGCGAGGGGGCCCAGCGACAUGAACCGCCUGCUCCGGAGUGGGGUCCUGCUGCUCCUGCUGUUGCGCGGUGCUGCCAGUGAGCGGGAGAGCUAUGAUGCCUUGAGAAGGGGGGACAACAGCCUCGACUGCUGUAACACCACCAUCAACCCAGAGGACGAAGGCAGGGUGACCGUGACGCUGGCUGCCCGCUGCAAGGAGCUGCAGCAGGCCAGCAGCCCGGCGUGCCGCUGCCUGCGGGAGAAGGUGCAGAGGGACUGCCUGCGGGAGAAGGUGCACAGGUUUUUGCAGUCUGCAUGCUUCGCCAGUGGCGAGAAGAUAGCAGGGGUGAAAGUGCUACUGGUGAACAUCAGCAGAGCCGUACCCCACGAUGUUGUCUUCUCCUUCUCCCACUCGGAGGGCCCCAAGAGAAUAAACUCAACAGAGACGGGGAACACAAGCAAAAUCCGACUUCCCAGGGAGCUAUUUCAGUCCAUGAGCAGCCAGGAAGUGAAUGUGGUGGUGACGGUGCUCGACAUCACGCAACUUGCCGUGUUCAAGGAGACCAAACAGACACGGCACAUCCUGGACAACACAGUUGUGGGCAUCACAGUGGGAGACAUGAAGAUCACUGGGCUCCAGGACCCUGUGCAGCUCACCUUCACCCAUGGGCAGCUGCCCCAUAGCAUGAACCCCCAGUGUGUCUUCUGGGAUCCUGGCAAAGGCCAAGGAGGCUGGAACACCAGUGGUUGUGUCACUGAGCUUGGAGACAAGGGGACAAUUUGCUCCUGUAACCAUCUGACCUUCUUCACCCUCCUUCUGAGUCCGACUCUGGACAGGUCCACAGCACAGGCCUUGAAGGUUAUUGCAAAUGUUGGCUGUGGGUUAGCUGUGGCUUUCUCAGUCUUCUCCAUUGUCUUCUACGUCUUCUUAAGGUGUACGUACAAAAAGUUCAAGUCUGAAGAAACCAUCCAGAUCAACUUGGCACUGCACAUGAACCUCAUCAGCAGCCUAUUCCUUCUCAAUCUGACCUUCCUGUUCAACAACUGGAUCUCUGGCAGGAGCCAGCCAGGACUUUGCAAAAGCCUGGGGGGCCUCAUCCACUACUGCCUGCUCUGCUGCUUCACCUGGAUGGCUCUGGAAGGCUGUCAUCUCUACCUCCUCUUUGUCAAAGUGCUUGGCACCUAUAUCCGCCACUACCUGCUGAAGCUGUGCAUCAUUGGCUGGGGUCUCCCUGCUCUCGUGGUCACUGUAACAGGAAGCAUUGGCAGCUAUGGAGAAUACAACAUUCAGAAUAUGGAUCACCAGCCCAUACUCUCCUUGUGCUGGAUCAAAUCUGAGCAUAUCACAGUCCACUACAUCACAAAUUGUGGCUACUUUGGCCUCAUCUUCCUCUUCAACACAGUGAUCUUUGGGGUGGUGGCCUGGAAGAACUACCGCCUGCAGAGCACCAGGGCUGCAAAGGAGAACAGGAAGUCCUGGAAAGUGGGCCUGGUGGCACUGGGACUCUUCUGCUUGCUGGGAGCCACCUGGGCUUUGGCAUUCCUCACCUAUGGCAACGCUUCCGUGCCCAUGCUCUACCUCUUUGCCAUCCUGAACUCCCUCCAAGGUCUCUUCAUAUUCAUCUGGCUGGUUGUGCUGUACUAUCCAAAGAAAGAGGAAAUAGCUGGCUCCUCCUCCAACACCAUCAGAAACGACAAAAACACAAGUGUUUCCCAGGAUUAG